AUGGCCCUGCAGCUCCUGGCGGGCAGCGCGGCCUCGGAGCCCGUGGCUCGGAGCCGCUCGCCUCCGGCGACGCUGCCCCUGAUUCUGGUCUACAGGGCCAGCGGUAGCGAGACGGGCGUCAUGGUGCCCAACCAGCUGCGUGGCCUGUUCGGCGACUACGUGGACCUCGGUAUAUUUUUCUAUGCGUUCCUGCUCGUGCUGGCCAACUUUUCCACACACGCGAUCAACAUUUACGCUGGCGUCAAUGGCUUGGAAGUCGGCCAGUCAGUGGUGAUUGGAGUGUCCGUGUUGAUCUUCAACAUAGUGCAGUUGCACCGGAUCCCCGAGUCGUUCUCGGACUACCGAGAGCACCACGUGCAGUCCCUGUUCCUCGUCAUGCCCUUCCUGGCAGUCAGCCUCGCUCUCAUGCGGCAGAACUGGUGGCCGGCGCGCUACUUCGUCGGGGACACGUAUUGCUACUUCGCUGGCAUGACUUUCGCGGUCAUCUGUAUUGUUGGGCAUUUCAGCAAGAUGAUGUGCUUGUUCUUGCUGCCCCAAGUGGUCAAUUUCUUGUAUUCUUGCCCGCAGCUAUUUAGAUUCAUUCCGAUUCCAAGGCACCGCAUGCCAGCAUUCGACCCUGUCCUGGGCUACGUGAAAAACAGCUACUGCGAGUUCAAGCCGGACGAGCUGAGGCUGCCUGGCAGGAUCUCCUUCCUCGUGCUGCGGGCGCUCAGGUUGGCGGACGUCCGACCGGCGAAGGAGGAUGGCAUGGUCCAGAUGAGCAACCUCACGCUCAUCAACCUCGCGCUCUACUGGGGCGGCUCCUGCAGAGAGGACUUGCAUUACUUUUGCAGGGGCCCAGUGAAGACGGAGUCCUGUCAGAUGGCCACCUCGAUCACCCAGCGCCAGGUGCAGCCCCGCUGCUUUGCUGGCCUGCUUCUGGCGGGAGUGUUUGGGGCCACGCUCGGACGACUGAUUCUGAUCAGCCUCGCUGGCAGACUUUGCGGGCUGAGGGGAGCGAAGACCUGGCUGGGAGACGAGGAUCCCGGGAGCCCGAUGGAGCGGGCAGCCCCGGCAGCUGUCGGGUGGCCCUUCCCGAGAGGGGCCUGGCUCGACGCGGCGCUGAACGGCGACCUGGUGCCGGGGCUGCCGCUGUGGGCUGGUGCACGGGUCCUGGCGCGUGUCAAGGACGACUUCGGGGCGCCGCAGGGCGUCGAGAUGCUCGAAGUGGAGGUCGCCUACCAAGCGGACGCCUUCGGCCGUUUCUUCAAGGGCCGGCAUGUGGGCGCCAGCGACCCGUACUUCUCAUGGUAUGCAGCCUCCUCCGGGCAGCAGGGCGCGCGCCCCCUGGCCACGGUCUUCCACCUCUGCAAGUGCAGCGCCGCCGAGUGCGGGGCGGUCGCCCCAGUGGGCGCUGUAGUCGAGCACUUGGACGUGUGGCAGGUGGUGGACCCCCGCGAUGUGGCCCGCGAGCAGGCGAAGCUCAUCUGCCCGGCCGCGGAUCCUGGGGCGCCUGUGCUGACCGACGCGCCCUCGGCCGAGCCGUUGCCUGGAGAGCUCGGCGGCUGGCCGCUCGGGGAUGGGGCCAACGAGGACGAGGAGGAGCCUCGCGGGCCUCCGCGCAAGCGUGCCCGCGAGGUGGAGGGCACCCAGACCCCUGGCGGACCAGGAGAGACGAGCCCACUCGACCAGGAGAUUGCGGGGCUCGAGGAGACCGCCGAGGACCCAGAGCUCGAGGCGCGGCUGGCGCGGCUCGGGGGCAGGGCAGCUCGUGGUGUGCCGAGGCAGGGCACGCCCAAGAAUGCUGCGCGCCCAGCAGGAGCCGUGGGCGAGCGCCUGGCGCAGGUGGUAGCUGGCCGAGCCGCCGCUGCUGCCUCUGCGCGCGCCAGCGCCACGGGGUCGAGGAGCAGGCUGGCGUCAGCGUUGACCGCUGCGCUCCUGGGGCGCGACGACGACGACGCGGAGGACGGCGCGGAGAGCGACACGGAGCGCCUUGGGGGCCGCGACCGCUACCAGGGCGUGAACAUCAAGCGCGACUUGUUCCGCAGGAUCGCUCGGCAGCGGCCCGGCGCUCUCCUCGAGAAUGGGCUCGGCCACCUGCGCAGCCAGUUCACCCAACAGUUAUCCGCAGGCGAGGCCGACCCUCUGGCCCCGUGCGUCACACAGUUCCUGAACACGGUGUUCUUCGUUGCUCACCCGCCGCGGACGCUGGGGACAGACGAGGUGCGGGUCCUCCGCACGCUGGGGCUGGCGCUCGACGGCAUCCUGCGCGGAGAGGUCGUCGAGACUGCGGAUCUGCUCAUGCAGGAGUUCAAGGCGCGGACGAUGGCCAUCCGCGACGGGAACUGGCGGUCGGCACGGUGGCUCACGCUGGUCGCACAGGAACAGCUUCCAUCAGGCGCCUCUCUGGACGAGGAGAACGCUGCCGAGAAGGUCGAGGCCCGGGAGCUGAAGAAGCCGCCAGCAGCGCGGAGGACCAGCCGCAGUCCCACGCGGUCAGUCCAGCUCCUGAGCGACUCGGAGGGGGACCUCGACGCAGCAGCCGCCGCCCGCGUGCCACCAGCGGAGGCGGCGGCAGGCCGGAGCUUCGCGCAGCACAAGGCGGCCCACCCGAGGCGCGAGGGCGAGACCCAGGCAGCGUGGAAGGCGCGCAUCGGGAGGCCGCUGGCUGCCAAGAGCCGCGGCAAAGGCAAGACGGGGAAGAGCCGCGGCACGAGCACUGCUCGCAGGACGGCCUGGGCCGCGGCCCAGAGCACGCCCCCGCCUGCCUUCCGCCCGCCUGAGCGGCAGCUACGCGGCAGCUCGCAGGCUCGGCGGUGGCGCCAGAUGCUAGCCGAGGUGGGCACAGGCGUCAGCUCCAAGUUCAGGCUCGCCCUCGCAGUCCACGAGGCGGUGCACGGCUCGCCAGGGGCGAUCGGGCGGUACGUUCGUAAGAUGUGCACUUCGCCAGACCCCACGGCCAGCUUCGCGCGGCUGCGCGAGGUGUUGCCGUUACCGCUGCCCGACGCCCCACUCUUUGAGAGGUACCGUGCCGCCUGGUACCUGCACCAGCAGCUGCCGGAGACCUGCGAGGUGGACGCCGCCACGGUGCAGGGGUGGGCCCAGCUCGUGGUCUUCAGCCUGAACUACCAGUACACGGGGCACAUGCGUAGUCCCACCGUCGCCGCGAGGCGGCCCACGGCAAGCCAGGUCAGUGCGCUCGGCAUUGUGCAGGAGGCCUGUGAGUAUUUCGUUCAGGAUGCCGCCACAGCCUUCGAGCUCCCGGACUGGGACCAGGUCAUCGCGUCGAGGACCGUCUCCUACGGGGGCGAGGAGACGGCCCGCGCCCUGCCGCUCUCGCUUGCGGGCAUCAUGCCAGGCCUCCCCGCGCGAGGCGUCGCCGCCUCUGUCAAGGCGGUCGACAUCGCGGACGCUCAGGUGGGCGCCUGGCUUGCCGACCCCACGCUGGCUUUGCUCCCUCGAGAUGAGUGGCCUGCAGAGGUCCCGCGGGCGGCGAUCCAGGUCACGCCCAAGCAGGAGUGGUACCGCAUCGGGACCAAGCUCGUCGAGCUGGGGCUGGCGGCGCCGAUCGCCGACGACCGCAUCUUCAAGGUCGGGAGCCGCAAGGUGCUCGCUGGGGCGUUCGGGGUCGCCAAGGGAGGCACGCCGUCACCUGGCCAGGCGUGCGUCCAGCGUUUGAUCAUCAACAUGGUCCCGGCCAACAGCUACCAGCGCAUCAUGAGGGAUGACAUCGGGACCCUUAGCGCGUCGCCCUCGUGGGUCGCCAUCCCGCUCCCAGAGGGCCACAUGCUGCUCUGGUCCUCAGAUGACCAAGCCUCCGCUUUCUACUGCUACGAGCUGCCCGAGGCCUGGCAGCCAUACAUGACCCUCGCGGAGGCGAUCCCGAACGAGCUCAUCGGUGUGCCGGGUCCUGGGAAGACUCACCUCGCGCUGCGUGUCAUCCCGAUGGGCUGGAUCAACGCGGUCACGGUGUUUCAGCACUGCCACAGGCGCCUCGGGUUCGGCUCUCGCCCCCUCGCUGCGGGGUUUCCCGCAGAGCUCGAGUGGCGCAAGGACCGACCACUUCCGUUCAAGUCGAAGGAGCUCGAGCAGCAGUGGAUCCAGUACUACAUCGACGACUGGGACCAUGGCGAGGUGGUGCCCAACGCGAUGGUCGCGGAGCUCCUCGGCACGAUGAGCUGCGCGCAGGAGGAGCAGAGGGCCGCCUACGGCCGCUCGGGGAUCAGCGUCGCCCCCGGCAAGGCCAAGCACCGCGCGCUGGUCCUGGAGCGGAUGGGCGCGGGUCUUGACGGGGCCGUCGGCCGGGUCGGAGUCACGACCGAGAAGCUGCACCAGCUGCUGGCGUUCAUCCUGUGGGGCAUGGGCAGACAGGGCCUCUCGUCGCAGGGCACGCUCAUGAUCCUAGGCAGGUGCGUCAGGGCAGCGGAGUUCAGGAGGCCUUUCAUGGGAUUCCUCAACAGCGUGUGGGCUGCUGGGCGCUGGACGCGUCCGCAGGCUGUUCCCCUUGGCAUGUGCGACGAGCUCUUGGGCUUCGCGAUGGCGCUGCCGCUGGCCUACACCGACCUGCGCGCAAAGAUCGACACUUGUGUCAUAGCGACCGAUGCCAGCGAGCGCGCCGGGGGCAUCUGCCACACGGCCGGGCUCUCGGCGCAGGGCGUUGCGUGCGCGAGAGGGGGAGCUUCGGCUGUGACUUUGCGGCCUGGUGCAGUUGCGGCCCCUGUGCGGGGAGUGCGGUGGCGCCCUCGCAUAGUUCUCAUCGAGCUCUUCGCAGGCGCCGCUGGGGCCGCGGUGGCGGCCUCCAGACCCCCGAUCGACGUGAUGGCCCAUGUCAGCUGCGAGGUCGAGCCCGCUGCCCGGCGACUGGUGCGUCGCCGCUGGGCGGGCGUGAUCGAGCUUGGCAACAUCGAGGCCAUCGACACGGCGCGGUUUACUGAGAUGCUGAAGGGCUACGCGCGGGACGCCGACUGGGUCGUCUUGACCGCGGGGAGCCCGUGCCAAGACCUUGCGAGCAUCAAUGCCGUGGGGACCGGCCUAGAGGGGUCGAGGUCGAGGCUCUUCUUCCGGGUCCCCGAGCUGAUCCAGGCAGCAGAGGCUGCCUUUCCCAAGCGCACCAUGUGGUUCGUCGAGAACGUGUUCAGCAUGACCCUAGAGUCGAGGGCGGAGUUCACCAGGGCGCUUGGAGUCACGCCCGUGUUCCUCGAUGCCAGGUGUCUCACUCACGUCAGGCGGCCCCGCCUGUACUGGUGCUCGUGGCCCGUCACAGCGUUCUUGGCGUCCGACGCCACCGUCGAGACCAAGGGUGUGGGUGAAGCCGCGUAUUUCAAGGUCUCGCUUGCGCGCUGGGCUGCCGACAGCUACCGUUACCAGGUCAACAACUACGAGGACGGCAGCCUCAUCUGGGGCGCGAGGCGUGAGCGGGGCCGGCUGCCUGUGCCUGAGGAGCGUGCUGCUCUGAUGGGGUUCGACCGUCUCUAUUUCCAGGCCGCUGUAAAAGAUAGUGCACCCGCCGCCGAGCGAGACAGCGUCAUUGAGUCCCUGAUCGGGAAUACGAUCUGCGUCCAGGCUGUCAUGUAUCUUCUCGGCUCGUGGCUCGCUCAGGUGGGGGCGCUAGCGGCCGCCAUCCCGGGCAGCAGCUGCCUCGCUGUGGGCACGUGCGAGGCGAACUGGAACGUGGUCCCCGACUUCCAGCAGCCGGGACAUCGCGACCCGCAGUUGGAACGCAGCCUGAUCGUAGAGUUCCUGAGGGUCGCGGACCGCGGGGGCACGGACGUCCGGCUCGACACCGGGGCGCCCUACCGCGCCCGCGCGUGGCCGCGGGCAGCACUCCGUACGCACCUCUGGGCCUGGCGGAUCGCCAAAGGCUUUCGCUGGCAGCGGCCCGGGCACAUCUCGGCGCUGGAGCUGGAGGCUGCGGUGGCUGGAGCGCGCUGGAGGUGCCGAGCAGUUGAGAACCACCGCUGCCGCUACCUGCACAUCCUGGAUGCCCAAGCGAUCGCGGCAGUCAGCACCAAGGGCAGAUCGAGCGCGAGGGCUUUGCAGCCCGCACUCCGCCGGCUCAACUCCCUGCUCCUCGCGACGGCAGGGUACCCGCUGCACGGCUACUGCGACACCGACGACAUGCCCGCCGACACGCCCAAGCGCGCAGCGCAGGCAGCAGCAAAGGUGAGCAGGGUCACGGCCCAGGCGAUGGCACGACGAGCUGCAGCGAGGUCCCAACCGCUGAGGGAGGCGAUGGUCACGCCACUCACCCUGCAGCGGUACCGUGCGGCAGUCGAUGAAGUCGUUGAUUUCUGGAUCCAGGAGCACCGGCAGCCGCAGACGCCCGCUCAGGUCGACGCUGGCGUGGCCGCCUUCAUUGAGAGCCGUUGGCUGAGCGGAGGAUCUUUGUUUGAGGUUAAUAAUGCAAUUGCAGGCAUCACGCACACUUUCCCGCCCGUGCGAGGGCACCUGCGGGACAGCUGGCGCUUGGCCAAGACUUGGCAACGCCUGGAGCCAGCUGGGCGGGCGCUGCCGAUCGGUCCGCUGAUCGCGGCAGCGUUCGCUGGUGCAUUUGCGGCCGUGGGCCAGCUCGGUGCUGCGGCGGUGCUGGCUGCGGGCUACGAUGCUUUCCUCCGGACGGGUGAGAUGACCUCGCUCGUGUGGUCCGAUGUACAGCUGUAUCCACUCCGACGAAUGGCCUUGCUGCAGCUGCGCAACACCAAGAGCCAGCAUCAGACUGGUGCCCGAGAGUUCGUGCUCGUGCGGAGUGGUGUAGCGGUCGCCCUCCUUGCCAGAGCAAAGGCUCAGGCGCACGGACAGGACUUGUGCCUCGGAAUGGAGCCAAGCAGUUUCAUGAACACUUUCGGCCGCGUGCGUGAGCUGCUGGAGCUGCAAGAUGCAAAGCUCACCCUCUACAGCUGGCGGCGGGGCGGCGCCUCCGCCGACUUCCGCAGCCACGGCUCCAUGGAGCAGACGCUGCUCCGAGGCAGAUGGGCCUCGGCGCGCACGGCCCGCUUGUAUGUCCAGGAUGCCGUCGCCGAGGCCACUCAAUUAAAUCUCUCGCCCACGCAGCGGAAGCGCUGCGGCCUGCUCGCGUCCCGCCUGCGAGCAGAAGCGAGAUGA